CGUAAGAACAAUAAAACACUUCUUUAAUUCUUGGUAUGUAUCUCUUAAUUAGCUUAAUAAAGCCUUCCAUUUACUCAUACAUCUCUAUCUCUUAAUAUUAUUUACUCAUACAUCUCAUUUUUUCAAUAUGUGUAGGUAACGAUUAAUUGGCCUAUUUAUUGUCUAGUCCCAUUUUUAUUGCCAAGAAUUCAUGUCAUUGAUUGUAUUAAUCACAUGUACGAUUUCAAACGAUGAAGUCUUCCUUAGUGCCUCAACUAUGAUUUCUUAUUUCCUUAGAAAUAGUCAAAUGGGGCUAUCACCUGGCUCAUGAAUCAGCUUUGGCCUCAAAUCGAAAACGGAUAGUCGAGAAAGCAUUGAACAUUUAUUCUUCAGAUGCCCCCUAGCCACCAGAUUGUUGACUUUAGUGGGAUUGAGCAAAUUUAUUGAGACCGCCCCGACUAUUAACUUUAGUCUAUGGUGGCGACAUGUCAUGGUCUCUGAGACCUCCCCAUUCCACAUUUUCCAAUGCGUCUGCUUACAUUGGAGAAUCUGGAAGUCUAUAAAUAAAGUGAUUUUUGAAUUCUACCAACCUCAUGUCCGUUCCCUAGCCAGACAUUUCUACAACCAGGUCCUUGAUAUCUCAAACACUCUCCUCCCUCCCCAACCCCACAACUCUCUUCCCUACCAUCCAACCACCACAUGGGUCCAGCCGCCAGACGAUCACUUGAAGAUCAAUUUCGACGCUGCUGUUUGUGCCACCGGGUGUUCGUCUGGGUUUGUUGUCCUUGGGUCAGACGGACAUGUGGUAUUGGCGUUCGGGUUACAGCAUCAAGGAAUAGUCAACCCUUCCCUGGCAGAGCUCCUAGCCAUUAGAGACGCUAUUUCCAUCAUCACCUGAAGAUCUUUGACUCACGUUAUAGUCGAAGGUGAUUCCGAAGUGGUCGUCAAGCAGAUCCGGCAAGGCUUAAUAGAAGACUCGAUUGGUGGUCCGGUGCUACGAGAGUGUCAUCAGAUCCUUAGCUCUUUGUCCAUUUGUAUAGAGUUUAGGGCGGUUCCUAGAAUUGCCAACAGUGCUGCCCAUAGAGUGGCGUGUAAAGCACUGCUUUUGUCUCGUCUAGAGCUAGAAUCGUUUGAUUUUUUGGGGUGGCUUCAUUAGAAUAUAUUGUAAGGGGUCCUGGGUAGAUUUGUAUGAAUAACUCUUGUCCUAAAUUGAUAUCACUCAGAAAUAAAAAAAAAAGCCUUCCAAUAUUGGUUGUCAUUGUCGAAAGUCCAAAACCCUACGAUAUGAACAAACUUUUCUUUGUUUAUUUCAAAAGGGUCGGCCACGUUUUGUCCCGUAGAUGGAAUCUUUUUUCAAUAAUUAUAUAGAUAUAUAGAUAAACAUAGUGAUCAUAAAAUUGUAUACUACUUCAUCCCAAGGACUAUUAAUUAUAUGGCUUAGCCUACAUUAGAAAUAGAGGCAGCAAUUGAUUUUAAUUAUUGAAGAAAUUAAAAGUGAUGGAGUUAUAUUUAGCCGCUCGUUUGAAUUAGUUUAUGAGUCAAGCUUAGCUGAUGAUGAUGAGUGAUCGAGCUGGCUAUGGCGGAUUGACGGAACAUGUUUAAUUUAAAUUUUGUAAGCUUAUGUAAUGGGAUCUUGUUCGUGGCCGAAUCAAAGGGAGCAAUGUACGUCUUCUUUCACUACAAAUACCCUUUUAGUAGCAUGUCAAACAAAAGUCUUGUUUGUAAUUUGGCAUGUUAGAUGUUCGGACUUUAUCAUUCGAUAGUAUUGAGUGACAUCGUCCCGUUGUUUUAGAAUACAAAUUGGAGCAAUCACAGACACAUAUGUGCGGCGACGAUGCAAUAAUUUCAUUGACUUUAUACGAAAGAGGUGAGAAUGCCAAUAAAUAUACGAAUUAUCUUGCAAGUGUAGAGAACAAUGUUGCUUUGUAAUAAUCAAUCCAUAGUGACAUACAUCAACGAAAAUAAACAAACCUAUCGGCUAAUAAUGAAUAGUACUUUCAGCUGCCGUGUGGAACUACAACUCUGGUUAGAAUUUAGAAAUCAUCGGCAUGGCCAUCCCAAUCUGCAAAAUUUGUACAGAGCAUCCAUUAAUGUAUCUGUUCACUGAUGGUGAGAAGGGCCUUAGCUCGCUUAGUGAAAGAAGACUUUAGGGGAAAGUGUUACAGUUGUGGAUUAUUAUUUUAAUACGAUGUCCAAAAGUGGUAAUAUUUCAAUUAUUAAACAACUUAUCAUCUUCUUCUUCCCACGUCUUUUUCUGCUUGGAUACGCGAUCAUCAAGCUGCAGAGAAUAUCCAUCUCCUUUCGCCUACGAUUGCGGGAUUUUGGAAUGGAGGGGAUUCUGUACAUAAUUUGAAUUUUUCUAAAUCCUAGAUCAUUAAUAUUGCUAAUGGAUAUUAGUAGUAACAUGUCAAGUAGUCAAACAAGUUACUUUGCAUUACCACCGACUAAUAAGUAAUACCUAAGAUU